AUGAUUGCUUCAAAGCCUAUAAUUCUCUUAUUUUUCUCACUCGUAUCACUUCUCUCUUAUUCAAGUAAUGCUCUGGGUGAAACAGAUCUUUUCUUCGUAGACUCAACUGGACUUUCAAAGCAGGAUGCUCCAUUCAGCGAAGACUUUAAUUUACCUGUUGGAGAUCGCUUUGAAAAAGCAAAAAAUUGCUUACAGGAUGAUUCUAGUUCACUUACAGAAAAACUACAUGCCACAAGUCUUUUAAAAUCAGCGGCUUGGGAAAAUUGUACAGAUGCUAUGCUUUUGCUCGGUAAUAUACUGUUCUUUGGCCUGUAUGAUUUUGAACCAGACUUUGGAAUGGCUCAUGCUUAUUAUGACCAGUUACGAAAAACGAACGGAAGCGUUGUUGGCAACUUAAUACUUGGAUUUUACCAUUCUGUGAGUUACUACAACACUGCUCCUUACGACCCAGCUUUGGCUCGAAUGUACUGGGAAGCCGCUGCGAAGCAGGGAUCCAUUGACGCUCAUCAUUUCCUUGCGUAUCAUCAUCUCACUGGUAUGCAUACUAAAAGGUCUUAUUUAUUGGCUGCAAAGCAUUACAAAUUCAUCGCUGAUGAUCUUACUAGAGAAGGUCCAAAAUCUCUUUUAGCAUCUUCGCAAUACCUUUGGCCUGAAAUCCUCAAUUACAAUACUGCCGGUGAGGACGGAACAGGCGUUUACGGACCCGCAUCUGCUUAUUCUUUUUCAACCGCUAGUCGAGCCCUUAAUUCCAUACGGCACUAUAUUCGGGAAAUUUAUAAUCCUCCGGAAGAACGGGAUCUAGGAACCCUUUUUGAGGCCGGAAAGCUACGCCUUCAUGGGAUGCAUUCAUUUAGACGAAACCAUACGGUAGCUGAAACAAUAUUUGGUAAAGUAUAUCGCGAUUUAUCAUCCUUGAGUGAGAGCCCCGUCCAUGUAACAUCCGAAAAUAUUGCCAACUUGCUAUCGAAAUCAGCAGGUUAUAUAGGCCUUUUACAAAUAUUUGGAAAUUCUAGGAGAAGAAAUUUGGAAAAUGCUACGCAUUGGCUCAAACGAGGAAUAUCUCAUAACGACUCGAACGCGCUGUACGGAAUGGGAUACAUAUUUUACCAUGGGCUCUUAAAUGCAGAUGAGAAAGAUACUGAAAAGGGUUUAAGUUAUAUAAAAGAGGCUGCUAGUAUGAAGAACGGUUAUGCACUCACUUUCCUUGGAAUGCUAUCUAUGGAAAAUGAGGAUUUUGACAUUGCUUUUCAUUAUUUUACCUUAGCAAAUAAGGAAAAGGCGUUAUUGUCAUCUAAGUUAUUAGCUGAUUGUUAUUUUGAUGGAAUUGGAACUUCCGUGUCUAAACAGAAAGCUGCUUUGCUGUAUAAAGAGUUUGUGGAAACAGUUCGUUCCACGUCUUCCACAAUGAGUUUAGCCGUCAGAGAAGUAGAUCAUUAUUGUCUGGAAAACAGCCUUAUGUAUUAUUUGUAUUCUGCUCAGUUAGGCUACUCGAUUGCAGAAGUCAAUGCAGCAUAUCUCGUAGAUGGUAACAAAUACUUAAUUGACUCAUUGAGAAGAUACCUUUAUCCUGAAAAUACAGAGGAGGAAACUCUUUCAGAUGUAUUUGCUUUUGAGUUUUAUGCACGAGCCGCUGCACAAGGAGAUGCAGAUGCAAACCUAAAACUUGGCGAUUAUUAUUACUAUGGCAUUGGUGUGCAUAGGGAUUAUGAUAAAGCGUAUCGAUUCUAUGAAAAUGCUUCCGGAAAAGGAGGUGCUACUGGAAUGGCCCUUUGGAAUAUGGCCUACAUGCAUGAAUUUGGCAGGGGACGAGAACGAGAUACUCAUAUUGCUAAACGAUUUCUGGAUGAAUUGUCUAUUAAUCAGAUUGCUUACAUCCCCUUCAGAAUGAUCACUUCAUUGGUAUUCCUUCAUCAAAUUUAUUUAAGAUGUCUUUCUUUUUUACGUUUACGAUAA